GUGUGAGGGCGGUGUGGGGGGACACGAGCCCUGCUGGUGGGGCGAUGAGCUGAGCGGGACGCCUGCAGUGAGGACCCCUUUCUGCUCCCCGGUGGGACUAUGUCUGUGCAGGGCCCCCAGAGGAGGCUGCUAGGCUCCCUUAACUCCACACCCCCAGCCACCCCUCCGCUCAGGCUGCCUACCAACCAGACGGGGCCACAGUGCCUGGAGGUGUCCGUUCCCGACGGGCUCUUCCUCAGCCUGGGGCUGCUGAGUGUGCUGGAGAACGUGCUGGUGGUGGCCGCCAUCGCCAAGAACCGCAACCUGCACUCGCCCAUGUAUUACUUCAUCUGCUGCCUGGCUGUGUCCGACCUGCUGGUGAGCGUCAGCAACGUGCUGGAGAUGGCCGUGCUGCUGCUGCUGGAGGCAGGCGCCCUGGCCGCCCCGGCCACCGUGGUGCAGCAGCUGGACGACGCCAUUGACGUGCUCGUGUGCGGCGCCAUGGUGUCCAGCCUCUGCUUCCUGGGCGCCAUCGCUGUGGACCGCUACAUCUCCAUCUUCUACGCGCUGCGCUACCACAGCAUCGUCACGCUGGCCCGCGCCUGGCGCGUCAUCUCCGCCAUCUGGCUGGCCAGCGUGCUCGCCGGCGCGCUCUUCAUCGCCUAUGACAACCACGUGGCUGUGCUGCUUUGCCUUGUCAGCUUCUUCGUGGCCAUGCUGGUGCUCAUGGUGGGGCUGUACGUGCACAUGCUGGCCCGGGCCUGUCAGCACGCCCGCCGCAUCGCCCGGCUGCACAAGAGGCAGCGCCCUGCCCGCCAGGGCUUCAGCCUCAAAGGCACCGCCACGCUCACGGUCCUGCUGGGCAUCUUCUUCCUCUGCUGGGGCCCCUUCUUCCUGCACCUCUCGCUCAUGGUCCUCUGCCCUCAACACCCCAUCUGUGGUUGCGUCUUCAAGAAUUUCAACCUCUUCCUCACCCUCAUCAUCUGCAACUCCAUCGUCGACCCCCUCAUCUAUGCCUUCCGCAGUCAGGAGCUCCGAAAGACACUGCAGGAGGUGGUGCUGUGCUCCUGGUGAGGCUGUGGGCUGGCUGCGCUGCUGGGCAGAGGGCGGUGGCUGGGUCCCAUGGCCUGUGUGAGCCUGAAGGGGCAGAAGAGAUGAUCUCCAGGGGUGUGGCCGCACGGACCCUCUGGGGCCCGAGAAAGGAAGGCACGCCAGGCUCCAGGAGUGGCUGCGGACAGUGGAGGAGGCUGGAGACAUGGUGGGGCCGCUGUUACUGGAGGCGGAUCUCCGGCUUCUGGAUGCGUCUCUGCGGACUCUGGGAGCACUCCACCUCCACCCAGGGACCAGGCAAGCUCUGCACACUCACCUCUGCUGCCCCUGCCUGCUGGGACGUGAAGCAUCCGGGGGGGUGGGGGGCUGGACGAGCACUCUUCCCUCUGAAAGCCUCCACAAGAGGGGCUUCCUGACCAGCAAGAACUGGCCGCACAGGACCGCUGCAGGAAGCAGGGAGCUCCUGUUUGAGGCCAAGGGACCCUGUCGACAGUGGAGGGGGUGCUGAUCUAAGGCUCAGUGGUGACCAGAGAGCUGGGGGCCCAUCCGUGUCUGCUGCCUGUCCCCAGCGAACCGGACCGGCCAACACCUCUGGCCAGGACAGAGGCUGUCGGCCUGAGUCAGAGACCAGUGUGCAGGGCCUCAGGGAAUGGCCUCAGUCUGGCAAUAAAUGCUGUGCU